UGUCAUGCUAAGCCCUUUAUAUAUAAACCCUCUUAUCACCAUUAAUCUGACUUCAUCUCAAGAUCGCCAUCUUCUUCUUCCCCUCAAAACCACCCUUGAAACCUCCAUUAAACGACUCCUCAACACCUAGUUAGAGAUUCCAUCAAAUUCUUCGCAAUCACUAUUUCAUUGAGUACACUGCUCAAAACCACCAAAUUCCUUAGAAACUCCAUCAAACCACUGGAAAACAGCCUUGACAACCACUUUCACAGCCUCAAAACCACCAUUUUUCCAAGACCACUUUCAAAACUGCUAGUAAGGCCCUGAAAUCCCCAUCAAAUUUUCGAACCCAACCUCGAAUACCACCCUCGAAAGUGCAUUCAUAGUCUGUAAGGACUAGGGCUUCUCUCUUCCAUGGCGGACAGACGCAGCCAGCUUGCACUCUCGCGGUCUGACCAGGACAUCACUCCAAAAUCCCACAAGGUUGUAAAAGGACUAACCGCCGCUACCCUUGGUGGGGGCUCUCUCGUGGCCUCCGGCCUCACUCUCACCGGUACCAUUAUCGCCAUCACCAUCGCAACACCCCUUCUCGUCAUCUUUAGUCCCAUACUAGUUCCCGCAGCUGGAGCCCUGCUCCUUGCAACAGCGGGGUUUGUGACCUCCGGCGGCUUUGCAGUGGCUGCAAUCAUCGCGUUCUCGUGGAUGUAUGGGUACGUCAUGGGGAAACACCCGCCGGGUGCCAAAACUCUGGAUCAGGCCAAAGCAAUGGUUGCUAGCAAGGCGCAAGACCUGAAGGAACAGUAUGCUUCCCACACGCAGAGCCAGUAAAGGAGCAUCCUACUCCAAAGGCAAAAUCCUACUCCAAAGGUGAAAGCCUAGUAAGGGAGCUCUAUGCUCCACAUAAGGUUAGCUAUAAUAGAAAAAGGAACGAUUUCGAGGCCUUUAGUUUUAGGAUUGUCUCCUUGUUUCUUCAGUGAUUUGGGUUUUGGGUUUUUGCUUGUGUGCAUGUGUGUAGUUUACCAUGGUUGAAGGUGUGAUGGAUUUGGUGUUUUAAGUAUUUUCUUGCUUUUCUAUUUCAACAUUCUGGGUUUCUUUAUUCUUCAUUGUUGAAGGUGUGAUGGAUUUGGUGUUUUAAUG